AAAAAAAACCCAAAACAAAAAGAGGGAAAGAGAGAGAGAGUGUGUGUGUGUUUUUGUGUCUGUGACGCCAAAAAGGCCAAUACCAGACCGUACGGAUACGGUCUCUUUUAGAGAGAGAGCGAGAGAGAAGAGAGAAAGCAUUAAGCUCUUCUCCGCUACUGUGAAACCGUCUCCGUUUUCUCUCCUCUUCGGUUUCACACCAUCUCCACUCGAUCGAGCUCUGUGAUCCUUCUAGAAGGGUCUGAAAUCCUGUACAGCCUUCCUUUUUUACCCUUCCCCUAGUCCCUACAGUUGCUGCAAGUGUACAGAGACCCCAGACGACACCGUUUUUUAAUGGAGUUGUACGGUCGAAGCCCCGCCAGAAAUGGGUCGAACCAAGAGUGGAGUCCGGGCGCCGGCGAGACUGGCCUCGAAGAACAAAUGUGGCAAUUGGGGCUGACGAGCAGCGAAUCGUACCCGGAGCGACCCGGCGUUCCCAACUGUGUCUACUACAUGCGGACCGGGUUCUGUGGAUACGGUAUUCGGUGCCGUUACAACCAUCCUCGUGAUCGUGCUGCGGUUGUGGCAGCUGUAAGAGCUACAGGGGACUACCCAGAGCGAGUGGGGGAACCUAUAUGUCAGUAUUAUUUAAAGACUGGGACCUGUAAAUUUGGUGCGUCUUGCAAGUUCCACCAUCCAAAACAUGGAGGUGGAUCCCUGAGCCGAGCUCCCCUGAAUAUUUAUGGAUUACCAUUACGACCGGGCGAGAAUGAAUGCUCCUACUAUUUGAAAACGGGGCAAUGCAAAUUUGGCAUAACCUGUAAAUUCAAUCACCCACAACCUGCUGGAACAACAAUACCGGCUUCUGCACCUCAGUUUUAUCCAUCGGUGCAGUCUCCUUCUGUUCCUAUGGCAGAGCAGUUUGGGGGGGCAUCCACCGGUUUGAGGGUGCCUAGGCCUCCACUAUUACCUGGUUCAUAUGUGCAAGGCUAUGGUCCUGUCUUGAUUCCUCCAGGAGUUGUUCCUAUUCAGGGUUGGAGUCCUUAUUCGGCACCUCUAAGCCCUGUACUGUCUCCCGGAGCCCAACCCACAGUUGGAGCAACUUCUUUAUAUGGAGUGACACAGUUAUCUUCUCCAACACAUGGACUUGCAAGACCUUAUACCUCCGUACCCUCUGCUGUUGGUCCUUCUAGCAGCAGCCCGAGUGAACAAGUUUUCCCAGAGAGGCCUGGCGAACCUGAAUGCCAGUACUAUCUGAAAACUGGGGACUGUAAAUAUGGACCAUCUUGUAGAUAUCAUCAUCCUCGGGAUAGGGUCGUACCAAGGACAAAUUGUCUCCUUAGUCCAAUUGGUCUUCCACUUCGUCCGGGAGUGCAACCUUGUACAUUCUACCUGCAAAAUGGUCACUGCAAGUUUGGAUCUACAUGCAAGUUCGAUCAUCCAAUAGGGACCAUGAGGUACAAUCCCUCAGCUUCAUCUCUGGUUGAUAUGCCAGUUACUCCAUACCCAGUUGGGUCUUUGCUGGCUACCCUGGCUCCUUCAUCCUCGUCAACUGACCUUCGGCCGGAAUUAAUUUCAACUUCCAAAAAAGAUAGUUAUUCAACUAGAGUGCCUUCUUCUGGGAACACCUCAAGCAGUUCAGUUGGAUUGAUUUUUACUCAGAGUGGAUCGGUUUCAAUAUCUGAUGUGCAACACUCCAGUCAGACUUCUGUCCCUUUAAGCAGUAGCAGAAGCACAAGACAAGGUGGUGAGGUUCGUCGUUCAAGUUAAAUGAAAUACCCAAAAAUGACUCUUUCAUUAUCUCAGGAGGGGUGCAGUUUCACCAACAUCCUCGUUUUGUUUAUAUAGAAGUCAGUUAAGUAAAUGUGUAAUGGUCAAUUGUGCAAAGGUUUCACAUUUCUCAGUUAUGGUCGGUCGGUCAGUCGUAUCAACCAAAUCUGUUUUUCCCACAGUAGUAGGACAGACAUUGUUGAUGCUUGUGUCAUUUAUAUACAGCAAUCAAUAUAAAUCCCAAAUAAGCUGCAAUGCUCAAAUUCCUCCCA